AUGGUGAUUGCUGGGCUAGAGGAUCUGCUAGAUUUGGAUUCGGAAGGAGGGGAGAUUGGUGGAGCGGGGUUGAGUGCGGUGAGAAGUGAUGGAGCUGGUAGCGGGGCGAGCAGGCUCGGGUUGAGUGUGGUGGAGAGCUGUGGGAUGGGAGUCUCUGGUGUGGGGAGUGAAGGGUUGAGCAGCGCUGGUGGUGGUGGUCUUUUUGAGGGUAGCCUGGGUAGGCUAGACGAGGGGAGUGUUGGCGUUUCAAGAGUGGGUGUUGUUUCGAGUGGCAGGCCCCGCAGCAGCAGCUGCAAUUGGCCCGAUGCAUCUUCUAGUGAGGGGACUCAAACUCCGGUGGGUGAUUGUGACUCACAAUCUGAGAGGUUGGAAGGUGGGCGUGCGGGGGUUGCUGCGAGUGGCAGGCCGCGCAGCAGUAGCUGCAAUUGGCCCGAUCCAUCUUCUAGUGAGGGGAAGGAGGAAGGGCAAGACUCUAGGGAGGGAGGGAGUACAGCACAGUGCUCUGAUAUCCUCCCUGUCAGCAGUGAGGUGGAUGUUUCAGCAGUGGCUGAUGCGCUACCAGCUGUGCUAGACGAGAGACCAGGCGGUUUAAGUGCAGUGCAAAGCACUGAUAUCCUCCUCCCAGGAAGCUGGCAGCGCAGACCAGACAGUUUGAGUGCAGCGCAAAGCCCUGACUUCCUCCCAGAAACGCGCCCUGUCAGCAGUGAGUUGGAUGUGUCAGCUGUUUCCGACGCGCUGCCAGCUGUGCUAGAAGAAGGAUCGGGCCAAUCAGACGCCAGUGCUGUUCGGAGGGACGUUUUGGGGAAGGAGAUUGUAGAGGUGGGAGCGGUGACUGGUGAUGGCGGUGUGGGAGCAUCAGGGUUUGCAGGAGACGGAAUGGGAGGGAUUGUUGAAGGAUCUAGCAGGGGAGGAGGUGAACGAGGGGAAGUUGCUGCUGCUGCCAUAGCAGUGAAAAGAGGGCUGCAGUCAGCAGCAGCAGCAGCAGCAGCGUCCGCUUUUGAGGAUUCUCAAGAGCGAUUGAGCGCACCAGAGGCGGCUGCUGCUGCCAUAGCAGCAGGAGGAGGCUUCCUGGAGGCAGCAGAAGCGGCUGCAGCUGCUGUGUUGCGUCUGCAUGGGCGGAGGGGGACAGCAGGAGAGGGGACGGGCUCAGGGGUAAGAGAUGGGGGAAGCGGAACAGGAGGAGAGGGGGUAGGAGAAGGAAUGGGAGAGCAGACAGGAGAAUGGAUGGGCGAAGGAACAGGUGUAAGAGCUGCAGCAGCAGAAGGACCAGCUGUUGCGCAUGCUGAUGAUGUGGCAGCACCUGCUGACGUGGCAGUGCCUGCUGAUGUGGCAGGAGCUACACAGAGAAGGGGAGGCCACGGUGCAGUGCACAGCGUGCAAUGCACUGGCUCCCUCAACACUUCCUCACUCAACACCACCGCACUCAACACCUCCUCACUCAACACCUCCUCACUCAACACCUCCUCACUCAACACCACCGCACUCAACACCUCUGCCCCUGCAGUAGCCAACCCACAAGAAACAGUGAACUCCCCCCCUCCUGCUGCUUCUUCUGCUGGUACACGUGAAAGUGGUCCCCACCCUUCCUCUCCGCCUCACGCUCCUCCCCACUCGCAUCUCCCUGUUACUGACACUCUAGUGGUGGUGCUAGAGGUGGUUACCACCGCCACCACUGCCACCACCAGUGCCUCUGCUCCUGCUUCGACCUCUGUUUCCACCUGCUCUGAUCCUCCCUCCGCCGCCUCCCCAAUGCCCCAGCACGGCGUUUCUAAGCCACACACGUGGCACGACACGUGGCAGUCUCUCACGCCAUCUGCUGACGUGGCAAAGAGGCUCGGGAGCAGCAGAGUGAGGGCAUCGGCUGUUGCGAAUGGCAUUCUAGGAAGGGCGUUUGGGUCACGCCGUGCGCAGUUCGCCUCAGUUGUUGCAGGCGGCCGCAGGGAGGUGGAUCUCUACCCCUACAUCUUCUGCAUCGACAUCCUCGCCUUCUUCUACGUGGGGCUAUUCUACCAGUCGGCUGUGCGGGACCGCUCGCCCUUUGAGGAGGUCAUUCACACAGGCGACCAGUUCCCCUCCACAUACGUUGCGGUUCUCAUGACGCAGUUCUUCCUCAUAGUCACCAACCGCAUCCUCUACCUGGUCUUCAGCGCGCCGUUCCGCAUCCUCUACCACCUCACCUCACUCCUCCUGCACCUCGGCUACCCCAUGCGCCUCUUCUGGAACGCCAACCUCAUCGCCUCCCACAACACCAUCCGAGCAUACCUCGCGAUCAAAUCCAUCUCCCUCGCGCUCUCCGCGCUGCAGCUCAAGCACGGCCCGCCCGGCCCGGCGAGCAAAGCGACGCCGUUUCUGACAAGGAGAGCCACGUGGCUGCGGUGGCAGCUGUUCCGGGUUUACCGCAUGCUGCCGUUUCUCUACGAGCUGCACCUGAUUCUCGACUGGUGGUGCACGAAAACGUCCCUGCCACUAUACGACUGGUUAAAGCUGGAGGACAUAUACGCCAGUCUCUACCUCGUCACCUGCGAUCGCAAGAUAGCGCGUGCCGGGCACAAGCCGGGGCAGCCGCAGGGGUGGGGGGUGAAGCUCAUGGGAGGAGCCUUUUUCUUCCUCGCUUUAGUCACAGUCAUCUGGGCUCCCAUGCUGAUCUACAGCAGUGGCAACCCCGCCAACUACCCCAACCUCGUCACAGAUGUGCGAGUCAACCUGGUUCUUCAGACCUGCUCCGGUUCCUUCCCCAUCUUUGAAGGGGGCCAGGAGCGCCUCCUGCUAGACCCUCUGCUCAACCCGGGGCCCGCGACCCCCUUUCAGCUCACUGGCUCACAGCAGCUGCAGGAGAUGCGUUUCCUGGAAGGUUCCUUCUCAGGUGUUCCGGAGGAAGGUUCCUUUGCUGGUCGGGAAGAGGAGGACGGUUCUUUGGGGGUUUCUGGAAGGUUCCUGGGGUAUCCUGAGGGGGCGGCGGCUUCUGUGGCAACGGAGCAGGACGCGGAGGAAGGUUCGUGGGAAGCUGCUAGGGAUGCAGUGGAAGGUUCCUGGAACCAGGGCUCCUACAGGGAUGAAAGGCAUCGCACACUCACUGAAACUGAGUUCGAUCCGCCUGUUGCCUACAACUGCAAGAUGACUCAACAAGCAGCAGCAGCAGCAGCAGUGGCGGCAGCAGCAGCAGCAGCAGCAGCAGCAGCAGUGGCGGCAGCAGCAGCAGUGGCAGCAGCAGCAGUGGUAACAGCCGCUGGUGGGUGCUGCGCUGUGCUCCUCUCCCACCUGAAUUUCCCUCUCCACCCUCCCCCCAAUCACUGCCCUUCCCUGUGCCCUGAACCAGUGGGGGAGGCAGCAGCAGCAGCAGCAGCAGCAGCAGCAGCAGCAGCAGCAGCAGCAGCAGCAGCAGCGGAUGGGGAAGUGGUGGUUGGGGCAGCAGAAGGGAGGUUGCAGGGGUGGAGCCACCAGGAGAAGGAAAGGGCAUGCGGAGAGGCGUCAGGGCCUGCUGCCAUCACGGUGUCAGAAGAAGUGCCUGCCGGAGUGCUAGGGGAGGCGAUGCAGACGUUCAGCAUCACAGGACUUUAUGUCACGUUCGUGCUUGCCCUGGGGCGACUCAUUCGCUCUCAGAGCUCUGACCUUCGUCUCAAGAUACCCUACGAGAAUCUGCCCUCUUGUGAAAGACUCAUGGCUAUAUGCGAAGAUUUAUAUGCGGCACGAGCAGAGGACGACCUGGAGCUAGAAGAAGGGCUUUAUUGGACUUUGAUAAAAAUAUAUCGCUCACCACAUGUGCUUCUUGAAUACACCAAGGGUGACAAAGCUGAUUGA